UAUAAAAUACGCAGAUAAAUUUUUUCAUGGCAAUAUCGUGUGUUUCUUUUGUGCGUAAAUGCGUAGAGAAGUCGAUAUCUGUCUCAGUUACCCCUUUCCAUUCUAUCUAUGUAUUCGCUUUAUCCCAAUUGGGUUAUUGGUCUGUUCGUUUAUUGCCCAACUCCACCGAAGACUUUUAAUCUCAAACUUCAACACCAAGCCUCAUCAAGUCUUGUCUCAACAUCAUCCUGGUUUCCAUUAGAUAUGCCAUGCCACCUCUGUCUGCAAAGUGGCUAUCUCCAACGGCAUCUAUAUGUCGUUUCCUACUGAAGGGUUAUCAUCGGACGAAAAUUCCGCCUCCGUUUAGGACCUACGCCUCCGACGCCACUCGCACAUUGCAAAAAAUAAGCCUCCGGGACUAUCAAGAAGAAUGUAUUCAAUCCGUCUUAACCUCUGUGAAAAAUGGACAUAAACGAUUGGGAAUAUCGCUGGCUACAGGUGCUGGGAAGACUGUCAUCUUCACUCAAUUGAUUGACCGGAUCAAGCCUAAUUCGGAUGAGGUUAGGCAGACGUUAAUCUUGGCUCAUAGGCGAGAGCUGGUGGAACAAGCAGCGAGGCAUUGUACCAACGCUUACCCGCACAUGAGUGUUGAAAUAGAGAUGGGCAACAUGCACGCCUCGGGAGCUGCAGAUAUCACGGUUGCCAGUAUCCAGAGUAUUAACUCCGGAGAACGUAUCGAGAAGUUUGAUCCUAGCCGGUUUAAGCUGGUGCUUGUCGAUGAAGCUCACCAUAUAGUCGCCCCUCAGUACUUGAAAACUCUAGAGCACUUCGGCCUGGAUGAAAAGAAGGAUGACUCUCCUACACUUGUUGGCGUUUCUGCAACCUUCUCUCGAACUGACGGGUUACGGCUGGGCGCCGCAAUCGAUGAGAUUGUGUAUCAUAAAGACUAUGUCGACAUGAUAGGGGACAAGUGGCUGUCAGACGUCAUCUUCACUACGGUCGAGACAAAAGCAGACAUCUCGAAGGUUGGCAGCGCUAGCAAUGGCGACUUUCAAACCCGCGAAUUAUCUCGGGUCGUGAAUACUAAACAGGUGAACGAAGUAACCGUCCGUAGCUGGCUUGCCAAGGCUUCGGGGAGGAAAUCUACCUUGGUAUUUUGUGUGGACCUUUCCCAUGUCGAUGGGUUGACUGAAACUUUCCGUCGAUUCGGCGUCGAUGCCAGAUUCGUGACUGGUGAAACUCCGAACAUCGAGAGGAGUAAACUCAUAGACGACUUUAAGAAGCAAGAAUACCCAGUAUUAGUUAACUGUGGCGUUUUCACCGAAGGAACAGACAUCCCCAACAUCGACUGUAUUAUUCUAGCACGGCCGACUCGCUCCCGCAAUUUAUUGGUGCAAAUGAUUGGGAGAGGUAUGCGACUUCAUCCGGAUAAAAAAGACUGUCAUAUCAUCGACAUGGUAUCCAGUCUAGCUACCGGCAUAGUAACAACUCCUACGUUGUUUGGCCUUGACCCGUCCGAGUUAGUCGACAAAGCAUCCGUAGAAGAUAUGCGGCGUCUGAAGAGCACGAGAGAGACCGGGGAGAGCGAACCGAUCGCGAAAGUUACCUUCGUCGAUUAUAAUUCGGUCUUCGACUUGAUAUCAGACACAUCUGGCGAGAGGCAUAUUCGAUCAAUUAGCCAGAACGCGUGGGUACAAGUUGGGCUGACCAAAUGGAUUUUGUCAGGACCAGGUGGGACUUAUAUACGAUUGGAAAUGGCCGGCAAGGACAAUUUCGUUGCCUGGGAGGUCCGGGCUCUUCCUGAAGGUGUAGCGAAGUCUCCAUAUGCUAAACCUCGAAAACUACUCCAAGCGCCCACCCUGGUCGAUGCUGUACAUGGAAGCGAUAAAUAUGCCUCAGAACAAUAUCCCCAUUACCUUAUCUCAAGAUAUCAGAAUUGGCGUAAAAGUCCUCCUACAGAUAAUCAACUGGAAUUUCUCAAUAAGUUGCGAGGGAAGGAGGACAAAUUAACAGCAAUGGAUAUUACAAAGGGAAAGGCUGCAGACAUGAUAACGAAAUUGCGACAUGGUGCUCGAGGACGCUUUGCUAACCUUGAUGCGGACCGAAGACGAAAGGAGCGAAAGCAGAUCAUGGCACAAGAGAGGGAGAAAGCCUUGCAAGAACGAGAAAAAGUUGUUGUUGGACCUCUAUUAGCGUGAAGGUUUUCACAGUCACAGGUUCACACACCAAUGCAAACUGCCAAAACCACCCUAUGGCAAGAGCUUGACAUGCGGCUCAACUGGCGGCUCGGUGUGCGGACCGUUUGAAAAUUGGUAGUCACUUUCAUUGAGAAAGGUUCCUGCUAAUUCUUUACAGUCAGUGUGCAUACAACUUUUACGCACUAGCCAACCGUACAUACUAUUUCGUUCAGUUUGCAGUGUGUACACUAUCCACACAGUUCUUGUCACUCCCUCACGCACCUUCGUCUUAUCCCAUUUUGUAUUCCAGCCGCCAGAAGGAAAUCCAAACCAAAAUUCACGGAUAAGCCCAGU